UGAUGACCUCGGAUUGAACUUCUCGUGGUCAAGGACGUGCACAUCGGGAAAUAUGCGAUCGGUAUUACAACAGGCGUUUCGGCGUUCUCAAUUGAGGGCCGCUGCGCUCCCUCAAAUUGCGCCUUGUCCCUCACGACGUCAUCUGUCCAGCGCUGCAGCCGCCCGAAAUCCAAAUCGAGACUCGGUUGAGUCGGAGCCGAAGUCGGCGGUGCUCAACCCGCGAUGGCUGGGCGACCUGAGGAGUCGCAUAAAGCAGAGCCUCUCUCGAGCUCAGAGUGAGAAUGAUGCCGCUCCGCUGCGGGAGCAAUUGGAUCGUCUGGACAGACAAUGGGUGGACUUGCUUGCUGGUCGCGAGGGUUUCCUGACUGAGCCCAGAUGGCGCGGUCUGGACAAGCACUCGGUGGCUUGGGGAGACAUGGAUGUCAUGGUAGGUUUGAGACAGCGUUGCAUGACACGUUGAAAACGGCCAAUGACACUGACAGCUGGCAGGGCCACGUAAACAACGUCAUCUACAACCGAUACGCUGAGUCUGCCCGCGUGAACUGGGUCACGAGCUACGCUGCCACGGCAGAACCGGCUCAGCGACAACAAUGGGAUGAACUCAUGACGCCGAGGAGCAUUGGAUUGAUCCUCCGAAGUAUCAAGACCGACUACAAGCUGCCCAUCACCUACCCGGACCAAGUCACGGUCAUCCACAAACUGGCGGUCAAGCCAGACUACGGUGCCGAUAGCGUCAUCCUCGAGGCCGUGAUCCUCUCGGAACAGCACAAAAGAAUUGCAGCGAGGUGCUUUGAAGACAUUGCCGUGUACGACUACCAGGCCGCCAAGCGGGCACCCUUGAAAGACUUCAUGGUGGACGAGCUCCGCACGGUGUACGACCUCCAGGAGAAGAACAAGGGGGAAAUGGACCAGUUAGCGGCAGCCAUUGACAAAGCUAUCGGCGCUUAGUGGGAGUGCAACGCCUACAUGUAUAGACUAGAUCCCUGCGCUUAGAUGAACAAUGUGUUUGUGCUGGUGUCGGUGACCCAGCGCGGAG